AUGACGUCAGCUGUCGUCGUGCUGCUGUGGAUGACAGCAUGGUGCUGUGCCAGAGGCGCGACAGUCAGGUGGACCGCCCCUGUUGGGGGCAGCUGGUCACAGCAGGGCAACUGGGAAGGACAAGAAGUUCCUGGAUCAGAGGAUGACGUCAUCAUAGAACUAGAUGAAGUUGUAAAAGGAUAUAGAAGCCUUGGGUGUUGGAGGGACAGUUCAAACCGGGCUAUCCCGAUACUGGAGGGUACCGAUCCACGGCUGGACGGACAUUACCAAGCACGUGUCAACGCCACCGACAAGUGCUUCCGAGUCGCCCGAUCUCGCGGCUUCAGCGUGUUUGCUGUCCAAAAUGGCGGACAGUGUUUCGGGUCCGCCGAAGGCCACAACACCUACACCAGGUAUGGAGCUCGAUCAUCGUCAGAUUGCGGAGAGGAUGGCGAGGGCGGAUAUUAUGCGAGUUCGGUUUACCAGAUAAAAGCUUUCCCAAUCACCGUUAGAGUUGACAGCAACACGGAAAUUCGGAAUCUCCACACCUUCCCGAACAUAACCCUCGACGUCGUCAGUUCGCUCACGGUGAACGGUAACAUGCAAGUGGAUGGGCAUCUCAAACUGUAUACCAGCAACUCAAACGAGGGUAUCACAGUCGGCAAAACAGCACGGGUACGCGGAAGCUUCCAGUGGAUGGCUGGAAAAUUCAACAGCCCAGCACAAGGACAGCUGCACAUAGAAGAGACGAUGCAGAUGAAUCUAAACUGGGGAAGCAGAAAUCUCGAUACACGCUUGUCGGGUACAGAGCUAUACAUUCACGGAGAGGCGGUCAUUGACGGGGGCUCUGCAUCUGACAGAUUGUACCUCUCGGAGGGAGGCAAGCUGAUUGUCACGGAAGGAGCAACACUGAACAUGACUGGCAUCUUAUCUCUGCUGAAGGAAAGUACAGGGACUCUCGUCAACAAUGGAUCCAUGAAGAUACACUCCACUGGUACCGUAACAGUUGCACCGACUAUCUACAACACUGGGGAUGUUCAGGUGCUCAAAGGGACCUUCUCUUGCACAGGGUCAACUACAUGGCGAGACGCCAUCUGGAUAUCCACAGGAGCCACAUUGAAGCUCUCGGGAGGUACUCACACCUUGCAGCACACGUCUACAGUGCUUGGUUCCGGUAACAUGGAUGUGGGAUCUCGAGUGACAGUUUCGAGCCAAAACGUCCAAGUGGGGGAUAUUCUCGUCAGCAGUGGUACCUUGGACCUGUACACAGCUUCAAGUGGACUCACUGUCGCGAAGAUUGACGUGGCAAGCAGAGGCGUGUUCAACAUCCACAGUCACGGCAAUUCUUCCGACUGGCUGGCGCUGCGCGUUCCCGAGGUUAUUCUUCGGUCCAACAACUAUGAUUACGAGAUAUCCACGCUGAACUGUGAGAGAGCCUUACAGGUUGAAAGACUUCACAUGACAGCAGGACGGCACCAUGCAGGGCUCCUGUUAAAGGUGAUGGGUGACGUGGUGAUCACUGACAGUUGGAACUGGAACGGUGGGACCAUUCAAUCAAGAGGUCCAGUGUCUGUGAAUGGCCCACUUAUGAUUGAGGGUGACGCAAGCGGCACAGCGGCAGUGCCGGAGUUGUACCUGAAUGGACCCGUGACGACCAGAGGGGCUCAAACAGUCAACAUUAACCACGGAGGGACGGUCGUUAACCGUGUAGGUAACGUGGUCUCCAUCCGAGGCAACCUCAACCUUCGCGGGAACGGCCGCUUCCUGAACUACGGUGAGGUGAAGGUGGAACAGCCAUCGCCUGGUACGGCGUCCAUUUCGCUGUCAUCAUUCGACAACUUUGGAGGAACUACAGUAUCAGGCACUCCUGGGUCUGGACUGAGUAUCAGCAUCAACCACGGCCUUACGGGGACUUACCAUGUCUCCGAGAACAACGUUCUCACCAUUGUCGGUCCAUCCACCCACAUAGGCAGGGUACUGAAGGAUGCUGUACUGACUGGAGGAGGAACGCUCCAAGUAAAUGGACCAGAGGUUGGUUUCAAGUCCAUUCAAGUCAGCGACGUGUCAAUCACAGCCGGUACAGUCUACAUCGGAUCGGAGCAACGCCAAAGGAUUCCCAGCCUGAAGGUUACCAGAGGUCUUGUUGUGCUGGAUGAGUCGUCGUCAACAACUAAAAUAGACGAUCUGGUUGUCACAGGAGGAGAGGUGACCUUCAACAGACCAACAACAAUACAGGAUCUUGAAAUAAGGAGUGGAGUGCUGAGUGGCGAUAGUGACAUUACCGUGAAUGGCACCUUUGUCUGGACUGGGGGUACUCUAUCAGGCAGGCUCGGCAGCCGGAUAACCGUCAAUGGAAAAAUGCACGUGGCUCCGUCCGGAACCCUGAAUCUCAAUCGCAACCUCGUCCUAAAAGGAAAGUCAGACUGGGUCACAACUAAUCUGAAUCUUGUCCUGACGAGAGCGUUUGAGAUUUCUCCAGGAGCGUCGCUAUGCGUCCAUGGUGGAGGGAUGUCCUUCACAAGUUCAUCUAGUGAUGAGAACGGAGCAGUGCUGAACUACGGAGACUUCAUCAUCGAUGCCUCCUACCAAGAUUUACGCAUCAACACGCAGCUCCGAAACUACGCAGUCAUUCAGAUACAGCAUGGAAACCUCCUCCUACAGAGGUCUUCAGUGAUGGUCGGAGCUAUGAUGAAUUCAACGGACAAGAGCAAAGUCGUGAUUUCGGGCGGAAACCAUGAGAUCACCUCAAGUGGAACCACUGGCAUACAAGAAUGGAAACAUACUUUGGAGGUAAAUAGUGGGAGCCUGUGGAGCAAGGACACAAUUUGGUCUACAAUGAGCGUGAAUGGGGGAGAUGUUCACAUAGACCUUUCUGGUGGUUCUGCAUCAAUGGACUCCAUCAGUGUGACAAGAGGAACCCUUGACAUCACCAGCACCACUCCCAGCAGUGCCGUGCCAACGCUGACUGUUCAGAACUCUAUAACAGUCACAUACGGGCAACUAAAACUUCUGGGAGCCAACUGCAAAGCCAAGCACAUGACAGUAUCCCACCAGAAUGCAAGGGUUGAGAUUGAAAGGAAUCUAGAGAUUGAAGACACGUUCCAUUGGGAUGCUGGGACACUAGCUGGCACUGCGUUUGCAGAUUGUGAGAUUUCGCGUACCUCUGUAUUAGGAACCCUGACUGUGACCGGUGAUAGUACACGAUAUCUCAAGACACAAUCAAUGUUCAUCCAUGGAAGCGGCCAGUGGUUCGGUCAGGGUGAGCUCAGACUGGACAGUUCUGCUGAGCUAGUAAUAACAGAGGGCGCAACAUUCCAGCACCAUGGGGGAGGCACGUAUUCAUCGCAGGACCACCUUGCUCGGGUAGUGAACAGGGGUACAUAUGAACUGUUCCCCCACAGCGAUGUCAACAUGAACGUCAAGCUUCAGAACACUGGCCAACUCCGUGUACCCGACACAGCAACAUUGUCAUUCAGGGCUGAUUCUCAGUUAAGAGGGCAGCUCCAAGCCGAUAAGGGAUCCGUGCUUCAACUGUUGGAAGGAUCCCACGUUCUCAUCGACGAAGCUUCAACGUUUCGCGGUAAGUUGUCAUCGACGAGCCCUUUUGUUGUCUUUUACUCAAACCGAUCAGUUGAAGACAUUGAGGUGGGCGGAGGACAAAUCAGGCUCCUAACUCAUUUUUCCUCAAUGCGUGUUCUCAAACUGACUGUCAAUGGUGGUCAUGUCACAGUAGAACCGUCUCGUAUUGGGAACAGCCAAACAGAACUGUCUGUCGAUAAUGUAGAGCUCGUGUCUGGAACAUUGGAACUGAACGUGCAGACCAGAAUUGGAUACCUGUCACAGAAAGGAGGGUCCAUACGGGGAAGUUUCGACAUCUUUGUAGAAGAGUUUGAAUGGUCUGGCGGGUCUGUAGUCGGUGAACUGAACAGUCAAUUGCUGGUUGAAGAUCUGGAAUGCCGGGGAACAGGAACGAAGACACUGCAACAACGCUCAUUGAUUCUGCAAAGUUCUGGGACAUUUGUAGGGGAUGCUGCUGGAGUCAUCGACAUAAAUGGACAUGGAAACUUUGUAAUUGCCAAAGAUGCACAAGUAGUGGCAACUGCAGGAGUUACCAUACAGUCAGACCUGGGCAUGUUUGAGAAUAGAGGAAUGCUAAUAAAUGCCCUCCAGGGCAAUGGAAAGAUGCUUGCAGUCAGUGGUCACUUUCGAAACACAGGUACGGUGGAGUGUCUGGAUGACACAAUGAUGAAAGUAUCGGGUACAGGCAAGUGGGAGGGCGUUCUGACAACUGGAUCAAAUGCCACUUUAGAGCUAGCUGAUGGGCACCAGCUGUUCUUGUCGAGUUUUGAGGUGAAUGGGACAGGGAAGCUGGAGGUCAGCAGCGGUUCCGUCUCCAUGCAAACAUGCAGCAUCUCGGGAGCUGUGAUGCAGAUAUCUGCUCCUGUGUACGUCCAAGGAGAGGACCACUGCUUUAUCCAGUCCCUCCGCGUCACAGAGAAUGGGGUUUUCAUUUCUCACAGCGCUGCUACUAUAGAACUGGUCCAGCAGAUUGGUGGCGUUGUGCGAGCCCUGUCUUCUCUUACAGUCGCUGAGUAUGAUCUUGCUGGAGGGACCCUUCAAAGCCACAAUGUAACAGAAGUAGACCGCCUACAAUGGUCCUCUGGAGCGGUUACUGGAGGAAAACUGUACGUUGGUGUUGUAACGCUUAGCCAAGGGACAGACAAAGUUGCCUCACGAGCCGCGAUCACUGUCUCGAGGAGAUGUAUCUGGGCAGAAGGUUUUGAGGAGACACUAGGUCUCCAGGAAAAUUCAGUUUUAAUCAUUACACAAGAGGCAUCAAUGGAGGUAGAGAGCGUUGCGACACUCUCCAGUGAGACGGGCGACUCCUACCAAGGCCGACUCGAAAACCAUGGGCAAAUCAAUGUUAAACAAACCCUCAGAUCUUCAGCAGAGUUUGUCAACUUUGGGAAUAUAAGUAUAUCCGAAAGUAAACUCACGGUCACCACGAAAAGUGAAAAUAGGGGAUACAUCGGAAUUGGGAAAACGUCGGAAGUAGAACUAAGAGACCACUUUUCUUAUCCCUCUUCGGUCAUUGAAGGGGAUGGCAAGCUGACACUGACUCAAGGUACCGCUCGGUUAUCAACUGAUACUUUGAAACAGAAAACCCUCCAUGUAACCGGAGCUACUGUCACUAUAGCGUCAACUACUGGACAUGAUUUUUCACCGCAAGAAGUAAUAAUCACAGGCGGGCAGGCGGACUUUGUCGGUAAUAAGGGGGAUACGUUUGAACUGGAGUCACUGACAAUAGCUGGAGGAAGAGUGAAGAUACACAAUCCAUGUAACAUAUCACAGCUCACAAUGACGGGCGGUUCCCUCAGCAUCAUGGCUCCUACAGAAAUCACAACAUUCGACUUCUUUGCUGGACAAUUGGUUGGGUUGUCAGAACUAGGUUAUUUGACUAUUCACACGCUAACGCUGCACAACCAGAAGACCAGAGAUGACACUGAGAAGGUCCUACAGUCAUUGUUGAUAGAUAUCCAUCGGAAAGUCCGUUGGUUACCUCCCUCCAAGGAUACAAUGAGGAUGCAAGAUGGUAGUAAGAUUCGUCUACUGUCUGAUUGUGAAACCACUUUGCAGGGCCAGCUGGAAUUUCAAGGCAGCUCUGAAACAAUUGAGAACUAUGGAAUUCUGACAGUUUAUGGUUCAGAUGAGGAUCUUCCUCACAUGAAGACCUCUAUUCGCAUUGACCCCCACUUUAAUAAUGUUGGAACAGUUCGGGUGCAGGAAACAAGCAUGGUGUCGUUUCAGUCAACAGCACAAAUUUCCGGAAGCUUGACGGCUCACAGAAACGCAACUGUGGAGUUUGUCAAUCACCACAGUACGACUCCACAAAACAUAAAAGGAGGACGACUGACUGUCCAGAAUUCCAACCUUUGGAUCCCUUCAACAAACACAUUUACAGCACUAAACAUCAACUUAAAUGGACACGUCAACUUUGUCAGCAACGCUACAGAUCCCGUUCAUGAUAGUGUUUUUGAAGAGGUCAAUCUAAGAAGGGGGUCCGUCACUUUUGCUUCAGAUGUUUCCAUUGCUGUUUUAGAGAUCAUAGGUGGGACUGUUGAGUCAACAACACCAAACGGUGUCGUUCAGGCACAACAGAUGACGUGUCAAGAGGACACUGAGUCAUCUAACGUUCAAAGCUGCCACGUAACUGCAGGAGACGUACGUUUCGUCGGCUCUACUGUGACUAUGAUGUCAAGUUCUCUAAGAAUUCAGCACAGUGGAAUCGCUCGCAGUUCUGUACAAGUGGACAUGUCCAAUUCGUCAGUACUUGUGAGCGAGGGCACCACCUUAGCAGUAAAGCACAAGAUGGCUUUUAGAAAAACAGGGCUUGGGGAGUCAACCUUGGAGGUCGCAGGCAUGGUUCUUGUUGAAGGCUCUCAGUUUGUGACCUCUGCAGCAGUUGUUCUUCCAAACACAGGCAACUUCACGGUGACCAAAGACUUCAGUGAACUUGAUAUUCACUCCACUGGCAGAAGUGCUGGUUCGUUCAACAUCAGAGGCUCACAUUCUACAAUCACCUCAAGAGGUCCCGGUGAUCUUGUCCUGGAUAAGGGGUCAUUCAUUGGCCCGAAUGCGACAAUCAAUGUGCAGGGCGGCCAUACUGUGAUAACGGGUAUUGAACACCAACUACUUGAGAACAGUGGGCUUCGUAUCACGCUACAAGGCACUGGAAUGAUGACGCUAAAUAGUUCCGAGUUAAGUGAGACUCCAAACCCGUUAACGGUUAAUGAGGUGACGCUAAGAUCACUGUCAAGCAAGUUAUUUUUGUCAGAGGCAGCACCGAAAAUACAGAAGAUCGUCGUUGUUGAGGGCCAGGUUUACGGUGAUGCUGAGUUUGGCACUGUCAUACUACAGUCCAAUAUUCGCUUGGCUGACUGCAACUUGGACGUAGACCACCUCAUCAUCAGUGGAAAUAACAAUGAUAACAAAGAAAUGCAGGCUAGCAAAAUCAACGUCCUUGCGUCACUUCGUCUUGAAGCUGAUGCUACAAUAGCUAUGUCUCAAGGGUCGGUCCUUCGAUUAGCACCAUCGGCCAUUUGUUCCAUGGAUAACGCUUUGGAGAUCACAGCGUCAGAUGUAGAUAGCGCAGCGUCUUGGUUUAUAAACGAAGGAAGAAUGACCGUUAAACUUGGAGCGGGCAGGGAGGCUAGCAUUGGGGCCAAGUUCAACCACAGCGGAGAACUUGUCGUCGAAGACGGCCACUUGACAAUGACAAACGAUAGCUUCAUUCGAGGAAGACUACAGGUUAACACAGGCAGCAGGUUGACUCUAUCCUCUGGGGUUCAUCGGAUAGAAAGUGGGUCUUCUUGUCUUGUGGAGGGCAGCCUGAUCGUGGAAAGUGCUGCCUUUGUUGAGAUGGAGUCGGACGACAUAAGCAUAGAGAGUGCAACGUCACAUGGAACUGUCAGUCUACGAGGUGAAACAUGUAUCUCUGGUUUGGAGUUGGCGGACGGUCACUUUGAAGUGGGUGGAAAUGCUGGAAUUGGAGCACUAGACAUGUCGGCAGCAACACUGUCUGUGCGAGGCGAUGUGACCGUGAACGGCCCAGUCAAGUGGCAGUCUGGGACCAUCCAGCUGUCAGCAGGGUCCUCUCUCACUGUCAACGGGGAUUUCACCCAGGCCAUUUCCGAGGGCCAGCUGGAAAAUCAAGGGGGCACUUUCACCAUAUCUCCAGCCAAUCCCUGUGGCGCUCAUACUGACUGUACCAGCUGUCAAGGAGCCGGUGACUGUUCCUGGUACCCAACAGCAAACCUGUGUGUCCAGAAUGCUAUUGCAGGUCCCUCUACCUGUUCAGCUCGGAACUGCCUGCAGAAACUGGCCUGCAGCAACUUUGGGACGACAGAGGCGUGCAGCAGUCAACCCAACUGCACGUGGUGCCUGGCCUCAGACAUGUGCGUACAGAGUGAGCAAUGUCCCUCAGCUGCGGCAUUCUGGAGCAGCUCAGCUGGUGGCGAAUGGCACACAGCAUCCAACUGGUUCAACGAUACAAUCCCAGGGGAGUCCAGUGAAGCUUUCCUCGCCAGCCUCUCUGAAGACUACGAGGUAAGAAUAACAACACCAGUCACCGUCGAGGUGUUAGAAAUCGGAAGCCAGUGUGACCAUGCGUUUAACCAAGGCUGUGACACAACACAGACGCUCAAUGUGCAGAGAGAUUUGCAAGUGGGACGUCUGCUCGUUCGCAGAAAUGCGCGACUUAUUUUCAGCGGCGACAAUCUGAUCAUUGGAAGCAGUUUAACUGUAGAGGGAGCGAUGGAGUGGAGAAAGGGUACCAUUCGUGGAAAUGGAAAUGUAAAUUUAAUGGGAACGUUGACCAUACCACAAGACUGCUACUACUGCUCUAAGAACCUUCAAGUACCUUUGGAAAACUACGGAAGAAUCACCCUGCAAACCACAAGAAACGCGCUCACAAUGAGUGCCCAGGUUAACAUCACAAAUGUAGGGGAAAUCCUCAUCAAAAGCAGUGGGGUAGUCAAUGGAGGCACCAUCUACAAUGAAGGGCUCAUCUUCUCAACCACACCCACCGCAACAAUCAAUUCAAACAUGGUCCAGAACGGUAAAAUUUUCUUGCGGCAAUCUACGCUGCAACUCGGCGGAAAUGCAGAGUUCUCCGGUGCCACCAUUGCUGACGAGGACAGUGAGCUGUUAUUGAAAUCGGGUAUCCACACGUUUGCCUUUGGAAGUACCUUGCCAUCAUCCCUUACAAUGGAUGGAGGGACCACAGUUAUCAACACCACAGGCAACGCGAUCAAACAACUCCACCUCAAGAACAGUGCAACCCUUCAGUCUGACCAGGAUCUUCUAGUAGACAACGUUUUCCUUGAAAGAGGCAGUCUACUUGGCCGAGGGGAUUACCAGAUCAACACUUUCAGCUGGAGAGAAGGAACCAUCGAGGGCAUGAAGAGCAUUUCAGUAACCAGGGAAAUGACAUUUCUUGAUGAUAGUGGUGACCCGGCAGCGAUCCACACUACCUUUGUCCAGGACGGCGCCAUGUACACAACAACCAAUACAAACCUCCAUCUGUAUGGCCAAAGCAUCCUGCAAGGGAACGUCACCAUCGGUGAGAACGCUGAUGUGAACUUCAGAGGCGGCUCACAACAUCACAUCCUCAGCAACUUAAUUCUCGACGACUCAUCCACGCUCAACGUCUUCGAUAGCAACACGGUCUUAAACGUAUCGACCGAUGACCUGAGGUUAUCAAAAAUCAACGUCAAUUCCGAAGGAGGACGUAUUGUCCUGUUUAGCAGAAGUGAUGCUGGGAGUGUCAAUCGCCUGGAGUUGAGAAGCGGAAGCGUCCAGAUCGGCACCAGCCAACUGACGACUGAUGAAAUCUUUCUGACAACAGGUGAGAUAUCCGGGAACGAUGCACAUGUGUGGACGCGCAAAGCAACCCUGCACGACACUGAUGACCACCGCAGCUUUGUGCGGGUAGCAAACUUAACCGUGUCAGAGAAGCUGCUGAUUUCAAAAAGUUACCCGAGUAAUAGUCGCCAAGUAACAAUCGACAGCUGCGUUACCAUACUUCCUUCUGCCACCUUAGUUGCUGUAACGCGCUUCACCAUGUACGGAGAAGGAGAGAUCGUUAACGAGGGGAACUUUCGUAUUGAUAGUAACGAUGACCAGUGGCUAGACAUAAGGCUAGGAUUUGUCAAUCAUGGACACCUUCAAGUGACUAACAGACUUGUCUUCAACAAUGGUGGCAGCAACCAUGGAGAGAUCCGCAUGGUACCGACAUCAAAGUUGUACUUAAGGUCAAGUAAGGUAUACAACAUGACAAGCGCAGGGGAGAUCUUUGGCUCGGGGACAAUAUACAUGGACACCGAUGACCCGGUGGUAUACCUUAGUGGUAAAGAUGAUUCCAUGGAAAGUUCUGGAAAAGAUAUUGGUUUGGUGGUUUCCAGAGGCAGGUGUUAUGCAGACUUCCGCCAGGCGCAUAGCCUUGUACAGCGAAUAUCAAUAUCAAGGGAUUCCAUUGAAAUCACGGCAAGUGCGAGCAAUCCGCCACAUAUUGCGGAAGUGAACUUCCUCCCGGACUACAACUACAACACCUUCUUCACUUGUGCAACCGGAACAGGCUUGUCUAUUGGGAAGCUGACGCUGAGACAGUACCGUUCCUCCGGUCACUUUGGACACGGAUGUGGAGUUGUGACAUCUAACAUGAUCUGGUCUUCAGGCGUCAUCAACAGACCAGCCUACUUCUACGUGAUCGGCCACUUAGAUAUCAAACAUGCCAGUGGUUACAAAAGGAUUGUCGGCACCAACAUGUCAAUCACGGCAACAGCAGUGGCCGAUGCGGACUCCGCAAUCUACAUGGCCGAUGAGUCUAAGAUUGACAUCAAUGGAUCGUUUUCGUCAUACAGCAAUUUGCGUUUUCAGAAGGAAGGAAGCGGGACGCCGCAGUUGGUCAUCAGUGGCCAUGUCCGUCUGUUACAGAGAGGCAAGUCAAUGACUGUGACGUCGGGAGUUUCAUUGGUCAAUUAUGGGACCAUCGAAGUCCUUCAUGGUACACUGUCAAUCCCGUCCACCGAUUGCCACAGUGGUACGUUUGUUGUGGCUAAAGGUGCACUCCUACAGUUUAACAGUGGAGUGACGCAAGUGGGAAGUGACUGCAGUUUUGAAGUGUUUAGUGCAAGCAUUUCGGGUAACAGUCGACUGGAUGUAGUUGACACUAAGAGCAUUCCGCAGUACAUCACCAUUUCGAGUGGAACUCUUGUUCUGAACCCAAACAGUAACACAACAGUUGAUACCUUAAAUGUGAACGGUAAUGUUGAGAUUUCCGGUCAGUUUAGGGUCAGAAAGUUUAACUUGAACUCAGGCAACAUGGAGGUGAAUGGACUGGUUAUCAUCACAGACGAGAUGGCAUGGAGUGGUGGAAAUCUCAUGUCAAACCAGAUGCACAUAGAUGGAAAUCUGUAUCUAACCUCUAGCUCAACCAAAUAUCUGCGCUCUGGAACGCUAGUAGCGACCGGAACCGUUUCUUCAAAAGACUCGCAGACGUUGCAAAUGCAAGGGGAUGCCGUGUUUGAUUUGCAAGGGUCAAUGGGGGUACAAGACAGUCUAAGAAUUGCAGGCUCGGGCCAGAAUGCUUUUCUGAAUGCUGGAAUCAUUAAGGUCCAGGCUGGACUAAAUGAGUACGGACUGAUUGUAGAUGUGAACUUCGACAGUCCGGGAGUGAUCAUGGUAGAGAGUGGGAAGAUGAAAGUCGGUCACAGUAACAGAGAUGUGGCGUCGACAUUACAUGGUAACAUAACCGUCAAAGAACAAGCCCUUUUGGAGAUGGGUUAUGGCGAGUUUACGUUUGCAAACCAGUCCCUGCUCAAUGUUAGUGGGACGAUGUCCAUUUCGUCAGCCCAAGUUCAAGUCUAUAGCUCAGAAAGCACAGUAACAAUUAACAACGUAAAAGUGACAAGUUCUGGUACAUUGGAGACAUCAGCGAAGGACGUGAUGAUACGUAAUGCAGAAAUCUGUUCAGGGACUCUGUGGUUUCACAGGAGCGCAAAGAUAGACACCCUUCAAUUAUGUGGGGGACGUCUGCGACCCGGACGCUCUGUGAACGUUACGGAGCUCAUGAUAACUUCAGGAGACGUAUUUAGCAGUAGUGCACGACCCAAGAUAAUCGCGGGGCGCAUGGGAUGGGGAGGCGGCAGAAUCUGGGCAAACGAAGACACUACUACAAUGACAGUACAGGUGAACGAGCGCCUGCAUGUCUUUGGAUCCGGCAGCAAGUACGGAGAUUAUGACACUGUUAUCCGCGUCGAUGGACAGUUCACCAUGAUUUCGGUAGGGAAUUUGUAUCUGUCCCGCAGUGCUCUGAUACAGUUGGAUGGAGAAAGCACAGCAUCGCUGCACCAUGGGUACAUCAGGACACAGUACAGUCCACCCGGUCGGUUCACAAACAUGGGGGAUAUAACCAUCGGAGAGUACUCCAAAGCUACAACCGUCGCGCUUCAUGUCCCGUUUCAAAUGCUUGGAAAGAUAGCGAUCAAACAGGGCCAGUUAAACAUCGCUUCUGGUGGUCGCUUUUCCGGCAGCACUGAACUCUUCAUGGAUGGGAGACUGGAAGUAACAGGAGCUGUGUCGGACACUUUGACCGUCUCCUCUGAUGUUGAGCUUCACGGGAAGCUCGCUGUAAGCUGGAACUCUGAUGGCCCUACGCCCAGCAACAUGGAUACUUUCCCUAUCAUAGCAUACGGAGGGAGUUGCCGGAUAGAUGGCCUGGUGACGGUUUCAGUCCACGAUAAUGUCAACUUCAACACCACUUGUGGGGACUCCUUUAUCACUGUAACAGUCCUCCGAUAG